GUGAUCUCCCUUCUGUCUAUUGUUGUUCAGUUAAACAUUUCCAGCUAACACGUUAGCACUGCUAACCAUUUUGUGCAUGGAUUCUGUUUUGCCUCUCCUUCAUGGAUAUACACUAAUUUCUGUUGUAUCGUAAAUGAUAAAAAAUAAUUAAUAGCUAACCUCUAAAAAUAUAUACAUACACACAAACUCACCAACUAUCUAUACAUAUAUACUUUUUACGUUUAUGAAACAAUAAGAUGGAGAAAAAUUAAUUAUUAGCUGGUAACAAAACGUCGCUACAAUAUCUCUAGCUUGUGCUUCUGCAGUAGAACAGUGGAGAAAUAUUUAGCAAGACAUCCCAACGUAUUCUUUCUUCGUUUGUUUUUUCUUCAUGACGUCAUUAUGACGUCAGUGUAAAUAUGGCGGCCAUCGAGAGGAGCCAGAUUGCGCAGUCCAAAAGCAGUCUCGAAGCUGCUGCUGAGGCUGCAGCCAAAGUUAAUGCUAUGCUUAUUGCUAAAGGAAAAUUAAAGCCCUCUCAACUAGUGCAGCCAGUUGUGAAUGCUAAAUCUAAGCCUGUUCAAGAACAUACUGGAAUAAAUAUUGGACCAGUAUCACAUCCUGGUAAUUUGAUAGUUGCAGCAGUAGUGAUCAAUGAUGUUCCCACACACUGUCGAAAUAUGCUUACAAAAGGGACAGCACAAGAAGAGAUAUCAAAACUGAGCGGAGCUUCUGUUUCUACAAGAGGCAGAUAUAUGAGUCCUGAAGAUAAAAUAAAAUUUGCAGGACAAGCUAAAGAAAAACCAUUGUACCUUUGUGUUCAAGGACCAACUCAGGAAACUGUUGACAAUGCAGUAAGCCGUAUAAAUGAAAUUAUAGCUAAUGGUCUUCGACCAAAAGGUAGUAGGUUUUCUCCAAUUGUGCGUCCCCCUUCAAAUUUACCCCCUGGCGUACGUCCUCCACCAAUCAACCAACCUCCUCCCACAAUGAUGUCUUUCCAGCCUCAACAUCAUCAGAGUUUAACAUUUGUUCAAGAGAAGUUAUUCAUUGGACUAGAACAUGCACCACCAACAUUUGAUGUAAAAACCAAAAUUCUUGGUCCUGCUGGCUGCUUUUUGCAACACAUUCAAAAUGAAACUGGUGCAAAAGUAACAUUAAGAGGAAAGGGAUCAAAUUUUAUAGAAUCUACAUCAGGCCGUGAAGCUUUUGAGCCUAUGCAUAUCCAUCUCCAACAUGCAAAUAUUAUGGGACUGCAACAGGCCAAACAGCUUGCAGAAAAUCUCAUACAAACGGUUCAGCAAGACUACGCCCAGUUUCAGCAGGCCCUGGCUGCCAUACCCGCAUCCAUGAGUCCUGGGACAGCCACCUUGUUGGCUGGCUUACAGCAGCAGACCUCGGCCAACCCUAAUUGCGGUCCCGGUGGGAUGAUGGCCCAGCAGCAGAGUAUUCCACAGCUUAGUGUCUCACAACAGCCUCAGUAUUCACAGAUUCCAGGUCCAGGCAUGCAAACUGUGACGUCCUUGCCACCAACUUUUCAGCAAGUUCUACCAACGUCGUCUGUUGUACUUUCAGCCAAUUCUCUUCCUGCAAGUCUGACCAGUAUGCCACCACCAACAUUAGUGUCUCAAGCUUCUGCUCAAGGUAUGGUCAGCUCAGCUAAUGCAGGUGGCUUAGUAAUUCCUGUUUCCUAUUCCACAUCACUAACACCUAUGCCUAUGGUCACAAGUCUCUCAACAUCUCCACUUCUCUCAGUUGGCGCUGGUCCUCCACCGGCUGCUCCUGCUGGUCAAAUGGAUGCCAGUGGAAGUUUAUUACCAAAUGCUUCCCUUCCACCACCUCUUUUACAAGUUUCAACAGCUCCUGGUAUGAGUCAAUAUGCAACCACUACAAAUGAUCCAUUUUUAGGCAAUGCUAAUUUAGGUAAUCCUCAACCUGCCCAAGUGAUAGUUGGCCAGCAGACAGUCACCCCUCUUGGUAUGUCAUUAAGUGGUGGAACCCCUCAGAUGGCCCCCCAAUAUGGUUCUCCUGUUCCUAAUUCAAUAGCACCUCCAAUGAAUGCACUACAACCUGGAGUGCAAUUUGUUUCUCAGCAACAGCUCCCGCCAGCUGGACAACCACCACCUCCCUACUAUGGACAGUUUUCUGGUAGUGCUGCUAGUCUGCCAAUGAGUCUUCCUGCAGCUGCCACAUAUACUGUUGCUCCAACAACAUACGCCAUUACAACAACAGGUUAUGCCUAUAAUGUCGGGCCACCGAAAGACGAUUCUGUUCAACCUCCACCUCCACCACCUCAUCAUGCACCUCCUUCACAGUCACCCGUCCCACCACAGCAGCCUCCAAAACGGAGAUUUACUGAAGAGAAACCUGAAGAUAAAAUACCAGAGAAUUUGUUGGGCUAUCAGCAUGGUCCUCCUCAGUUGGCCAAUAUGAUUGCUUCUGGUCCUCCACCACCUGUAGUAGGAAGCCAUCACCAAUCACCUGUGACACAGUCUUUUACCCAGCCUUUAGUUGCAGUCACUCAGACAUCUCAGGUUUAUGAAGAAUUCAGAAAUCAAGGGUUUGCAAACCCCCCUCCUGUGAACCAACCGGCAUUUGUCACCCCACCUCCUCCACCACCCCCAUCUCAUAGUCCAUCCCCAGAGAGGUCUGAAGUAGAUAAGCACUUGAUGCCUCCUCCUCCACCUCCCGGAAGCAAACGUACGGCGCAGCUUCAAGGAGGUACUGAGACACAGGAACAACGUAAAAAAAUCAAAGGCGCUCUUGGCAGUGUAGCCGUAUAUGGAUCUGAUGAUGAAGAAGAUGAUUCUAGUUCUCCAAGUCGACAACAACAGCAACAGAGAACUGUCCCUUACAGCCAGUCAAGUUCUACAAAUGCUGCCUAUGUUCAUCAAGGGCAACCCAGUCCCCCACCUCCAUCUUUGCCUGCCAACCAUUAUGAUCAAUACUUGCCAGGGCAAGUGUCAACAUCAUCCCAACAGCAACAGCCAUUGCAGCAUGGACAGUAUUCUCCUCCGGACCCUAACAAUGGUACACCUUAUCAACCAUGCUCUAGUCCAACAAACUUUGCUAGUAAACAGUCCACAACGCAACCACAACAGAACAGCCAUAGGAACUCAUAUGAACAAAUUUUGUCUACACAAGCUUCUCAGUUUGGUGUACCGCGACCCCUCAGCCAGUCAACUUUUGCUACAUCUACAACUGGGUUGCAAACAUCUCCAGCCUAUAUCCCUCAGCAACAACAGCAACAACAACAGCAGCAGCAGCAACAGCAACCCCCUCAAUUUAAUGGACACACUUCAGCUGUCGCUACUAAUCAAGGCUAUCUUCAACAGUUUGCUAACCAACCACCCCCUUCGCAGCAGUUUUCAGGACAACCAAGCAACCAAGCUCCUCCAUUCCAACCACCUCCACCACCUGGCAUGUCCUUUUGGAUGUCUCCUGCCUGAACAGUGGUUUUUUUUUUUUUAAACUUAUCAUUUUUUUUCAUUGUAACAAUUUGCUGUCUGUGAAUGUUUUCACUUUGUUGUUGAUGAACAAAAUAUAUCAUUGUUCCUUUCUCUCCCACUUUAUUCUUCUCGUGACUGUAAGAAAACAAUUCAGAUAGGGGAGAAACUGUCCAGAAAAGGGACAAAAACUUUAUUUUGUCAAUCAUCAAAAUAGCAUUAACUUUGUCAUCACUGGUCUCAAUGUUUUUCCUCCAUUUCACUUCAUCAUGUAUUGCAGUGUAUGUCGAGUACAUUUUGUGAAUCAAGCAUUGCAGGGCUAGCUACUUUGUUGGGUUAUUUUUGUCCCUCUCCUCUCACAUACACGUGUGCACACUUACAUAUGCACAUACUUAUACACUCAAAACAUUGUCAUAGACAUUAUACAUAUAAUGACAGAUAAUUCGUGAUUUUAUUUUAUUUUUCUCCCCCUCCCUCCCCCAAUCCCGUGUUAAGACAGGUAUUUUUAUUUUCAUUUUUACCUUUAAUUCUCCAAAAGCUUCUGGAAUUUGAAGAUUUAUUUAUACAGCUAUUAUUAACUCAUUAGCAAAUACAGAGUACAUGAUUUAUCUAUUGUUGAUUUGAAUUGCAUUAUUUGUCCUCUUUCAAUGUGUUAUGACAAGCCAAAAUUCAGUGAUACAUUUAAAAAAAUUUUUUUUAUUCACUUUUAAUCAAUUGUUUUUUGGGUUUUUUUUCUUACUAAUUCAUUGUAAGUUGGGCUGUGUUUUACAAGUCUUCAACAAUUUAUGGCAUCAAUUGUAUUUUAGUUACCUUAAAACAGUGUUUUCAGUCAUUAACUUUAAUUGCAUAUUUAAUUAAGGAGGCAAAGGUUGCUUUUGAGAUUCAGACUUCGAACUGGAAACAUUGAUUGCUGUUUCAUUGCCAUAACAAUUGUUCUUAGUUGAAUACAUUGUAUGGGGGCUGUCAUAAUAAAAUCCUUUUCUUCCCCAUUAUUACUUUUUGGGGGAACUCCAUAGAGUUGCAAUUCAAACCUUAAAGUUUGCCUUAGUUCUGGCGAAAUAAAUCACUUUUUCACUCUCUGCUAAUAUGGACUUUUCCUGGUUUUAAAAUGAUAGAAUUAUAUUGAGUGUUUGUGAAUAAUUUUCUUGUGUACCUAUAAGAGUGGUUUUUUAAAAUAACAACUUAGAUUCUUCCUGUGAUAAAUGCAAGCCAGUUGAAUUACAUUAAUUUCAAAAGGUUCACAUUCUUUAUAUACUUGAUAUUUCAUCCAUUCAGGGGGUGGGAUUUUGGAUUUGUGAUUCUAAUUGAAAAUUCAGAAUAUUUUGAUUAAAUUGAUUCAAUUUAUUUCUUCUUCUCAUGUACAAGUUCCUCUGUUAAAUGUAAUGAAAAUGUUGCUUGAUCAUUUUAGCCUUAGUAUUUUAAACUUUUCAAGACCACAGUUGCUUGGAGACCCUGCAAUGAAAGUACAUACAAAAAUAGAUAUUGUUGUGGUUAUUUUCAAAUUACUUUUAUUCUAAAUGGACAUUUUAGUGGCACCAGCCAUUCUGGUCUUGAAAUAGUUUAACAAUGGCAAAAAUUAUUAGAUGAGAGGGGGAAAGUCUUCCAUAUAUCUCUAUAUUUGUUUUUUUUUUCUUUACAGUUGUUUUUAGCCAAUGCAUAGUUAGAAAUUCUUGUCUUAUUAAUAUUGUAUCAGAUCCCUCUCUACAAAAUGUGAAAGAUUGUGAGUCAGAAAGAAAGGGUCAUAUUUAAUACUUUUGCAUUUGCAACAGAAGAAAAAUGUAUGCAUUGCUUUUUAAUUAAAUUAUUUUCAAAUUUAUUUGUGCCUUCAACUUGCUGCUUAGAUUUAAAUCAUUCAUGUUUUAAACUCAGAAUGAUUAAAUUUUUUGUUAUUAAGGUUUUUUUUUUCAUCAAUGUAGACAUAAUUUUUCUGCAAACUGAAUUUAUAAUUGUUUCCUAGAAAUAAUAUUACUUUAUGUAAUGACUAGAUUAUUAUUACUUUAUGUAAUGACUCGAUUUACAUAUAAUAAGAAUUCUUUAUUGUAGAUUGAUUUCACUCUAUAUCAAUUUGUUUCAUCUUACAUUCUUGAAAGUCUCCCUUUUAUUGUAGAAACAUAGAAUCAUUUUUUUAUAUAACUGAUCUAUUUUAUCUGUAAUGAUUGAUUACAUUCACUUGGCACAUACAAAUAUUUAUUUAUUUAAAUUCCUGCACAUUUUCUUUUUCCAAUAUUAUUCAAAAUAUUUUUCUUAGAAAAAAAAAGAAAAACAUGAAAAAAAAAUUAUAUAUAUAUAUAUAUAUUAACCUUAUUAAUAUGUGGGGUUCUGUGUCUGGGAAUGGGGAAUUGUAACAAAAUAUAUAUUUUUGAAUGCUGUCUACCAGCAGUGAUUAAUUUUAGAACUUGGACUUGAGAAACCAACAUUUUCUUAACUAAUUUCACUGGUUCAACUACAUCUCCCUAUCUCUUCAUUUCCAAUUGCACAUGCUUCUGUAAUUCCUGUUUUGUAUUUUCCUGUGUUGGAUAAUGUCAGAUUGUCAUUAUUGGAGAUAACACCUUACAACUAGCUUGUUGCCAGAACAAUCUUUCAGAACACACAAACUUUCCUAUAAUGUAGUGUUUUGUGGGGUGUGCAGCAGAGGAGUACAGUUUUUGUGUUUGUUUUUUUUUAACUUCUCUCUCUCUCUCUCUCUCUCUCCCCUCUCUCUCUCUCUAAUUAUUUUGAUGAAUAGUUUGAACAAGCUCUUUUUCAAAUUGUCCCUCCACCUGCUUGAUUUUUCUCUCAUUUCCAUCCUUUGAAAGCAAAAGCUGUACAAUCAGUAACUUUGCUGUUUGAAAUGAUGCCUUAAACUAGGAUGUCUAUAAGAAGUAUUUAUCCGCUGAUCUUCCUCCCUAACCUGCUACACUCCCCAUUUCUUAAAAUGUAUGCAUUGUCUGCACUACAUAUCAUGGUGCUCAUUAUUUACUGAGAAUUCCUGUAAAUAUAUUAUAAAUACAAAUUAUUUUUCUCCAUUUCAGAGGAUUGAUGAUUCAUAGAGCUGUUUAUAAUGAUAAUAAUAAUAAUAAUAAUAAUAAUAAUAAUAAUUAAUAAUAAUAAUAAUUCAUGUGUGUGCCUGUUUGUUAGUUGCUAUUUGCUAACUAAAUAAAAGUGAUUUGGUCUCUUUGAAGAGGACUGAAUUGAGGCUUUGUCAGUGAUAGCUUUGAAGAUUCUCUCUCUUUCUCUCUCUCUUUUCCCCAUCCUCAACAGAUAAUGGGGGAUAAAAAAAGCCUUUUCUAUUAAUGUAUUUCUUGUAAUUUUACCCCCUAAAUAGUAUUUUAAUGAUUAGAAGGGAGUUGAAUUUUCUGAAUGCAGAAAGAUUGAAAAGAGAAAGAGAGAAUAAACUGAAUGAAGGCGCGAAAGGGAAGUGAUGAGGUUCAUUACUCUCCCUUACAAUGUGCAGCAAUAUAAUAACAAUAAUAAUAAUAAUAAUAAAUAGCUCUGAAACUUGACAAAGUCUCAAUGGUACUACAAGUGCCAAGACAAAUGGUUCCAGUCCUGCAGAGAAGAACAAAACUUGGGACACAGUUUGUGAUCUCUCUCCUGCCCUUUUCUUGGUUAUACUGAAGUGGGCUAUAUUGUGAAAAUUGUAAAACAUUCUCUUUCAUAUUUGUAUAUAUUUGCUGGUGUUUAGAAUUUAUUUGUCAUAUUGUGUCCUUCACAUCCUUAAAUAAAUUGUUAUAUUGCUACUA